AACUAUACUGUGUAAUAUUAAGCAACUAUGUAGUCUAGGGUAGGAUAGGAUUAGGAUUUGGUUGAGGGUUAGCUGCAUGUAAUUAUGCAUAAUUUACUGUUGUUGCUGUUAUAAUGGUAAGUACAAGAAUUACAAUGUAAUAUGAUCGAUAACGCGCAACCCUUCCUUCAUACUGUAACCCGAAGGGAAUGACCAUAUAAGGAGUGUGUGUAGCCUAUGAGUCCCUGGGGGUGGUGCUGAAAGAACAGCUCCCACUAAACACGACAUCUUUUAAUAGCGGUCCCCUGUGGCCACUGGCCACUUUUUCAGGAGACCCUCGGUUGGGUUAUUGCUGCCAAGGGGUGCAAGGGAGUUAUGACAAGCCAUGAAUCAGGAAAGUUCCCAUGCCCGGACCGGAGCUUUGAAAACUGAGGGAUAUGUUGGAGCGACUAUGAGAAGAUGAAGAGGCAAAACCUGCGGACACUCGCCUUAAUUAUCUGCACUUUGUCCUAUUUACUCAUUGGAGCGGGAGUCUUCGAUGCUCUCGAGUCAAAGCAAGAGAAAACACAGAAGGGCAAGCUCGACUAUCGAAAAUUUCUACUCAUGCAUAAAUAUAAUCUCACCAGGCUUGACUUUGAUCAGAUUGAAAAGGUCGUGUUGCUUCUGAAGCCUCACAAAGCCGGAGUCCAGUGGAGGUUCGCCGGGUCUUUUUAUUUUGCCAUCACUGUGAUAACGACCAUUGGUUAUGGCCAUGCCGCCCCCAGUACGGAUGCUGGGAAAGCGUUCUGCAUGGGGUAUGCGCUUCUGGGCAUCCCCCUCACCCUGGUGAUGUUCCAGAGCCUGGGCGAACGCAUCAACACCUUCGUCCGCUUCCUGUUGCACAAAGCCAAGAAAUGCAUGGGCCUGCGGAGGCCGGAAGUCUCCAUGGCCAACAUGGUGAUCAUCGGCUUCUUCUCCUGCGUCAGCACCUUGUGCGUAGGAGCAGCUGCCUUCUCCCACUAUGAAGGUUGGACCUUUUUCCAUGCCUUCUACUUCUGCUUCAUCACCCUCACCACCAUCGGUUUCGGGGACUACGUGGCCCUGCAGAAGGACAACGCCCUCCAAAACGACCCUCAUUACGUGGCCUUUAGUUUUGUCUAUAUCCUGAUGGGCCUCACAGUGAUUGGUGCUUUCCUCAAUCUAGUGGUGCUACGGUUCAUGACGAUGAACACCGAGGACGAGAGAAGAGACGCGGCGCAGAGGGCGCUGCUCUCCAAAGAUCAACCGAUAGCUUCGGUUCUGCGGCGUCCGGACCCUCCGAGCCCAGCCGCCACGGGACGAGACAAAAGGCGAGGGCUGAAGAGCGUCUAUGCUGAGGUGCUUCACUUCCAGACGGUGUGCUCCUGCCUGUGGUACAAAAGCCGAGAGAAAAUGGUGAUCCUCCCGCAGGAUAUGUCCUUUACUGACGCGCUGAUGGAGCAAGGAGACAUGUCGCCCCACCACUUUUUCGAACCCGGCCCGACGGGCUGCGUGUGCAACCCUCAACGCUGCUCGGCCAUUAGCACUGUGUCUGCUGACCUGAGAAACAUCUCGCCGUUCAGGCUCUUCUCCAAGAGACGCAGCUCUGUCUGAAUCACCUCACUUCCUUAUACAGUCACUGUAGAUCUUUAAUGAGUCACAUGAAUUUUUUGGAUAGCAUAAGAUGCUUGAACGGACCACCCAAGCUCGAGGUGGACUGAUGAAAACUUCUUUUUACACCAACACAUCUAAUCUCUAUCAAGUCUUCUACUUCAAAUGAACCCUGAAAUGGUGCAAUAGAUAACAGUCCAAAAAACUUCUGGAGUGCGAUUUUACCCUGUUCAGAUGAAAUACGUGUGGGAUUAGAGUUUUCAUAAAUCUCAGCCAUUUUUGGCUUUGCAUUGCAGUGUUGUUUGCCAUUCAGAAUUGAACUGAGAAUGCCUUUUAAAUUCCAAUUCUAUUCCAGAAUUUGAGUUGAAUUUAGAUAGAAAGAUAGAUGAAAUGUCAUUUAUGUUUGAAGUAACAGAAAAGUCUAUUUAUAUAUUUCAUAAU